AUGGCUAAUAGACAAGUUAGGCCUGUUAUAACUUCAAGGCCAAGUUCAACAAUUUCUGAAGAUUUGGUUUAUAAUUACGCUCUUCGCAUUGCUUACUUAUCUUAUUUAACUGAACCUAAAGUUUCAAAAGCUCCAAAGACUACUCCCCCUCCCGUUCCUGUAAAUAUCGGUACAACAAGACCGCUUAUCGAUGUUAAUCCAAAACGUCAUAAUCCUUCAAAUUCAACAACAUCUAAUAAAAACUCUCUAGAAACUAUUCAUAAUCAUGUCUUUUCUCAUUUUACCAACUUACAUGAUAUAUUUAAAGACGAUAAGAAAGGCUCAACAAAGAAAAUUCCAAAAGAAUUGUUAAAGGUACUACAAUCAACAUUACAAUUCAUAAUUUCUGGCCAAGAUCCAAAUCCAGUUUAUAAAGAUCCUUUAUUAAAAAAAAACCUUGCCACAUUUUAUCAAGAAAUAUCUCAGCCAAGUUUUCGUCAUCAACUAAAAACAAAUAAUAGCAAAGUUGAUGAUAUUGUUUUAUUGUUUCUCAAAACUGCCCAGAAUGAUCUAAAGCAAGCAAAAUUACCACCAAAUAAAGUUUGGCAACUUGAACUUACUGAACAAGUCAGUAUAUUUGUUGGCAUAUUAUCAAAAUGUUUACAGUCAAAGGAAUGUGUUAACUCUUCUACUCCAGAAAUAUUAUCUCGUUUAGAAAUUUAUCAUUCAAAAGUUUCACAUCCACAACAACCAAUUCAACCAUCAAAUACUUCUGCCUCAAACAAUGUUGAUGAAAUAGAUGAAAUGUCACUUGUAAAAACUGUACAAUAUAUUUUUAAUGUUCCUAUUGACAAGUUAAAAUCUGACCUUGAAAAAAUAAAAAGUACUUGUGAUGAACAGGAUUUAAAAAAUUUAAUCAACAAUGUAAAUCGAAAUGAUCCUUUUCCUGCCUGUAAAGAUGAUUUUGAAUCAAAUGAUGCUUACAAUAAUUGGAAGGCUAUUGAACUUAAAACUAUCUCGGAUAUAAUAGCUACAAUGGUUAGAUUUAAUCCAAACUUAGGUCCAAAGGCUUCCAAAGAGGUUUUGACUACACUUUUAACAAGUAGUUCUAAUCCUUCCAAAAGAUCUUCUUCUCCAAAUUCAUUAUCUUCAAAUCCAAACAGAUCAACAUAUUCUGUUUGA